CGGCGGCGAUCCGGGGCGGGGCUGCGGGGAGGGCGCCCCCGGCCGCGGCCCCUCCGGGAUGGGGGGUGUGGCUGGGCGUCCAGCCUCGGCCUGGCGGGACGCGGGGUCUGCCGGCCGCGCUGCGAGGCCCUGCGGCCAGAGAUGCUUUUCCUCUCGUUUCAUGUAGGCUCUUGGGGAAGCUGGUGCUGCUGCUGCUGCUGCUGUCUGAUUCCCUCCGACGGACCUCGGGACCGGGGCCGGCGCUGGCAGCUGGAGAUGGCGGACGCAAGGUCGGUAUAUGAAACCAGGUUUGAGGCGGCCGUGAAGGUGAUCCAGAGUUUGCCGAAAAAUGGAUCCUUUCAGCCAACAAAUGAAAUGAUGCUCAAGUUCUAUAGCUUCUAUAAACAGGCAACUGAAGGACCCUGUAAACUUUCAAGGCCUGGAUUCUGGGAUCCUAUUGGAAGAUAUAAAUGGGAUGCUUGGAGUUCAUUGGGUGAUAUGACUAAAGAAGAAGCCAUGAUUGCAUAUGUUGAAGAAAUGAAAAAGAUUAUUGAAACUAUGCCCAUGACUGAGAAAGUUGAAGAAUUGCUGCAUGUUAUAGGUCCAUUUUAUGAAAUUGUAGAAGACAAAAAGAAUGCCAAGAGUUCUGACUUGACCUCAGUCCGAUUGGAGAAAAUCUCUAAAUGCUUAGAAGAUCUUGGUAAUGUUCUGACCUCUUCAAAUGCCAAAGCUGUUAAUGGUAAAGCUGAGAGCAGCGAUAGUGGAGCUGAAUCUGAGGAAGAAGAGGCCCAUGAAGAAUUAAAAGGAGCGGAACAGAGUGGUAGUAAUGAUGAGAAAAUGAUGAAGAAAUCAACAGAUAAGAAUUUGGAAAUCAUUGUUACCAAUGGCUAUAAGGAUAGCUUUGCUCAGGAUAUACACAAUGAAGGUCGUACUGAUUCUUCCCAGAGUGCCAGAAGCACUGAAGAAGCAAAGCUUGUAGAUCAGAGCUUGCAGCAGACUGGAAACACUAUAGUCUGUGUUCAACAAGAUACAAAUGAAGAUCACAGUGAAGAUGCUUCAGGAAUUCAUCAUUUGACAAGUGAUUCAGAUAGUGAAGUAUACUGUGAUUCUAUGGAACAGUUUGGACAAGAAGAGUCUUUAGACAGCUCUACAUCAAACAGUGGACACUUUCAGUGUUACCUAGGUGGUGACCCCAGUCAGCACUUGGACAAUCCUGGUUUUUGUGAAGAUGUUCACAUAUCUCCUGGAAAUGGCAGCAUUGGAAAAAUGCAGAUGGUAGCAGUUGAGGGAAAAGGUGAAGUAAAGCGUGGAGGAGAAGAUGGCAGAAGUAACAGUGGAGCACCACACCGUGAGAAGAGAGGUGGAGAAACUGAGGACUUCUCUAAUGUCAGAAGAGGGAGAGGGCAUAGAAUGCCACAUUUGAGUGAAGGAACCAAGGGUCGGCAAGUAGGAAGUGGAGGAGAUGGAGAGCGAUGGGGCCAUGACCGAGGAUCCAGAGGCAGCCUCAAUGAGCAGAUUGCUCUCGUGCUCAUCAGACUGCAAGAGGACAUGCAGAAUGUGCUUCAGAGACUUCAUAAAUUGGAAACAUUAACUGCUUCGCAGGCGAAAUUAUCAUUGCAGACAAGUAAUCAGCCCUCCUCACAGAGAGCAUCUUGGUGGCCCUUUGAGAUGUCUCCCGGUGCAGUAACUUUUGCUAUCAUAUGGCCUUUUAUUGCCCAGUGGUUGGUGCAUUUAUAUUAUCAGAGAAGGAGAAGAAAACUAAACUAGAAGAAAAUGGCAUUUUACUCAAGAAGACUGCUGGGCCUGGAUGACCUAAGAAAUGAUUGUGGAAUUCGCAAGAAAAUCUCAGUUUGUGAUGAUUACAUUUCUUUUUUGUCCAAUAGUUCGGUGUGUGUGUGUAUGUAUAUAUAUAUAUAUAUAUAUAUAUAUAUUCUUUGCACUACACAAAUGGUAACAUUUUAAGGACUAAUAUGCUGAUACUUGAAAAAUCAAAUCUCAUGUAGGUUUUAAGUAGCAUUCAUAGAUUGACUCUUUUUGAGCUUGAGGACAUUAAGUUAUUAAUUAUUGUUCAGUAACAUGUUUACCUGAUUUUCUCCCAUAAGAAAUAUAAGCUGCUUUUCUAAGGCAUAGUUAUGAUUAUGAGAUAAAAUUUAUAAUUUUUACUUUUCUAAAUUAAACACAAGAAACAGUGCAAGGCAAGAGUGGAUUUUAAAUGAGGUUAAAUCAGUUUUGUAUCAGUCAUUGUUAGCCAAGUGGCAGGAAACCAGUUGAAGAGUCCUCUACAUUCUUUGUGGUCCACACAGAAGUUGCGGGCUUUCACAACUUAGAAAAUCAUUGUCUUGUGCACUAUGCUUACUUUUUACAAAGGAUUCACCAAACAGACUCAACUUGAUGAUGGAAUGAUGACUAGGCCUAAUAUAGUUGUAAAGUGUAUUAUGAGUCUACACAGAUGAUUAAUCAGAUUUUAAUUCAACCAUGCACACUUAGUCCUUUGCAAUCCAUUGUUCUUUAAGUGAGGAUAUGUACUGUCUGCUUCAUCGGUGCUUUGCAAUAAAAUGAAAACUUAUAUUGUUUUUACUAAGGUAACAAACAUGAAAAUCCUAUUGUCUGCAAGUGGUAAAUGACAAUAUGGAUUAUUAACCUUAGUGCCUCAGUUUUUCCUGUGGGGCAUACUUCACAAGGGUAUCGGAAGGACUUUCAGCCUACAGGUCUCUGUGUCUGCAUAAUUAAGGAAUGCCUAGCUAAUGGAAAUUUAUGUUCCUUCUAGUCAUUAGAACAAGUGGAAGAUUAAUGGAGAUACUGGAAGAACUGUAUUUGGGAAAAAAAAAUCCUUCUUCUAUACUUUCCCAAAGCUGUGCUCACUCAUAUUUAUACUUUGAAGAUUUAAUUUAAAAACUCUAGCAAAUAUUUUGUGCUUUUCCUUUGAGAUAGAGUCAUGGCAGCUUCCAGUUCAUGCUGUAGUUAAAGAUAACCUUGAACCCCUGAUGUUCCUGCCUCCACUCUUCUUCAGUUUCUGGGACCACAGGCAUGCACCAAGUCUGGCUUUGUACAGUAAAAACUUUUAAUGCAUUCUGAUAUGUAGGAUGUUGGGGAGAUUAGCAUUAGGUAUUGAAUAUUUUCACUAAGAGGGAAAGAAUCCAUCUCCACUAUAUAGGGUUGUUCUUUGAAGAAAAAGUAUGAGAAUGUAAUUUGCUUAUCCUGACUUUACCAAAAAAAAAAAAAAACAAAAAAAACCCUGUAAAUUAGUUUUUAAAUUGUAUAUCACAACUUGGUUGAUCUGUCUAAAAUGAUCUACUGGCAUUUGCUUAAGACUAAAAACCCCCAAAUCUUUCUUCUACUUUUUAGAAGGAUUUUUUUAAAAUUAGAAAACAAGUUGCUAUCAUUAAAUGAUGGCUUUUUUUUUAUAUAGAUAAAACGCAAAUCAAGGAUGUAACCAGUUGCGAUUCAUUGCAAGUAGUCAAGAGUAACUAACUCCUAAGGGCAACCAUUUGUAUCUUAUACAAGAAUUACUUUAUAGUUUGAAAAGCACUUUGCACACAGUUCUUGUAUAUAAAAUAUGUAAUUAUAGGAUAUAGUGGUAAUGCUUUAAAACAUGAACCUCAUUUUAAAAAUGACAGCCACGGUAUUUUUUUAAUGAUCUGCCUUUCUGUUUAUUGUAAAACUAAGUUAAAAAUAAAAGGUUAAUGAGAAAUGAAA